GGCGGAGGAGGUCAUCCUCUGGGGAAUGUGAACCAUGCAGGUGGAUACAGUCGCUGUGCUCUUGUGUGCUUGGCUCGCUGCUGCAGCUGGGAAGAUGCUCCAGCCGAGAGGUCACAAACUGGAAACCUACAAACAAAGCAGCAGGUCACGGAGAGAAACCAGGAUGGAUGGAGGAGGUGGUGGUGGUGGUCACAAAACAGGGAGUCCCAUUUACAAACGAAGCCCAGACCUGACUAAAUCACCAGUGACCAAAUCUGAGCAGCUCCUGAGAAUAGACGACCACGAUUUCACCAUGAGGCCAGCAUUUGGAGGUCCUCCAAUCCCUGUUGGAGUAGAUGUUCAGGUUGAAAGUAUUGACACAAUCUCAGAGGUGGACAUGGACUUCACCAUGACGCUGUAUUUACGUCACUACUGGAAGGAUGAGCGUCUUUCAUUUCCGAGCACUACCAACCAGAGCAUGACCUUUGACAGCCGCCUGGUGAAGAAAAUCUGGGUUCCUGACAUGUUCUUUGUCCACUCAAAGCGCUCAUUUAUCCACGACACCACCACUGACAACGUCAUGUUGAGGGUUUAUCCUGAUGGAAACGUUCUCUACAGUCUCCGAGUAACAGUUACUGCAAUGUGCAACAUGGACCUCAGCCGCUUCCCUCUGGACACACAAACCUGCUCACUGGAGAUUGAGAGCUAUGCGUAUACAGAUGAUGACCUGAUGCUCUACUGGAAGAAAGGCAACGAAUCCCUGAACACGGAUGACAGAAUAUCUCUGUCUCAGUUCCUGAUUCAGAAAUUUCACACCACAACAAAGCUGGCUUUUUACAGCAGCACAGGCUGGUACAAUCGUUUGUACAUCCACUUCACCCUGCGGCGCCACAUCUUCUUCUUCCUGCUGCAGACUUAUUUCCCUGCGACUCUCAUGGUCAUGCUGUCCUGGGUGUCCUUCUGGAUUGAUCGCAGGGCCGUGCCUGCCAGGGUGCCACUAGGCAUCACCACAGUGUUGACCAUGUCCACUAUUAUCACCGGGGUCAACGCCUCCAUGCCCAGAGUGUCCUACAUUAAGGCGGUGGACAUUUACCUCUGGGUCAGCUUUGUCUUUGUGUUUCUGUCGGUGAUAGAGUAUGCAGCCGUGAACUACCUCUCCACCGUGCAGGAGAGGAAAGAGAGGAAGCUGCGUGAGAGACUGCCGUGCACAUGUGGCAUCGGCAACCCCGACGAGAUGAUGAUCGACCCACAGAUCACUGGAUACGGGUCCAUGGAUGUCAACACCACAGGAAACUAUGGGAUGCCUGAGAACGGCAGCCGCCAAGAACGAAUCCUGGCUCAGGUGGCGCUGAAUGACCCGCAGAUCACAGGCCAGGUGAAGGCCUCCAGAGGUUACGUCAACAUCUGGAUUGACACCCACGCCAUAGACAAGUACUCGAGGGUGGUCUUUCCUGGAGCAUACAUCCUCUUUAACAUCAUCUACUGGUCCAUAUACUCAUAAACUAUGAUGCAUUCAACUCAGUGGGAGUAGUGCAUGAUGGGAAAACAGCUUAUUUGUUAAUUUGUGAGGCUAAAAAAAAGAGACCAUGGACUGUUUUUCAAACAGCAACUGCUCAUUAAAUGCAUACGCAUCAUUAACAGAUGAGUAACAUUUGCCUUCAUGACCGAGCCGCUUAAAACUGAUGAACUGCUGACAGUCAGGGCCGUGGUUUUACUGUUUUAAUCACUCCAUCAAAUCUGUGUGAUGUCUGCUGUUGGUGGAAGGAUGGUUGGACCUCGUUGGAAACACGAGCGCUUGCACGAAUAUAAACGUUAAAAAUGCAGCGACUCUGACUAGAAAAUGAACUGGAGAAAGUGACACUUCCCGUUGCUUUCAGUGCACAGACGGAUCAUUUCCGCACAUAAAAUAUUUGUGACAAUCUAUGACAGACUCUUAGCGAUAGUUUGACAUUUUGUGAAAACUUCAUUUACUCUCUGGUUGAAAGAACUACUGACUGAAAACCAGACAAUAAGUUAGCAUUUUUGGUUUGAAUAGUCUCACAGGUUACAUGUCUAAUUAUGCACCGUCUUGGCUUGUGGUAAUUAUUCCCUGCAGUAAUGGCAGAUUUCUUAGCAAACAACAACGCAUACAAGUAGAAAUCCAAAGUUUUUUCUAAGAGGACGCCAUGUAGAGGCGGAAAAACAUAUUGCAUCUUUAAGCCCCUCUACCUGCUUCCUAAUCAUGGCUGGAAGCAACGCUUCUUGUUUGUAAAUUCGCACCUCUAGCCGGCCAACAGAGCUAAUACAGUUAUUUUUCUCCUGUUAGACUGCUUAGUCCAGAUGCUUUCGCAAAUCUGUACGUAUGCAGAUGUCAAACACUAUUGGAGGAUCUUUGUUGAAUUCUUUGAGCAAAUGCGCAGGUGGCAAAAUGGCCUACUGUCAAGACACAACGAACACCUUCAAGAGUUUGCGGGAGAAAUUCUACAAUAUAUAUAAGUACUUGAAUAUGUGAAGAUGGGAAGAGGUUAACAGAGAAGCUUAAAAUCUGGAUUGGCAACGAAGGCUACUAACCCCAACACUCCGGCCAACAUGCGGAAGCAAAAUUAUCUGCGCCCACCCUCCGCUCACACAGGCAAUGUACGGAAGUGAACCCCCAAUGCUGGAAAAAGUGCUAGCGUAAACACCGACCCUUCACUCAUGAAAAAUUAAAGGCUUUCAAAAGUCUGGAUGCCUACGAUUAUUUUGUUUUAUGGAAAGUUGGGCUGAUUUCUUCAGCUAAACAAAAAGCCGUGGUUGUGACCUGACCAAGCACAGACAGCUUGUGGGCGACUACCAAAGAAAAUGGCUAAAUCCUCACUGCGACCGCAAAGCCGGGCAAGUCUUCAUUGAAAUGAUCGCAGUUUGAGACACCAGAACGUGAAAACAGUGACUUGAUGGAUUUUAAAAUAUGCCUCACUUCUGUCGGCGUGCCCCAGAGCAGCUGUGGCUACAUUGUAGUUUAUCACCACCAGAGUGUAAAUUUGCGUGUGCUUGUAAAGUGCUUUGGGUGGUUGUAGAAUCCUAAAAGGUGCUACAUCAAAUACAGCCCAUUUGCCAUUUCGACAACUUACCAUAAAAAAACAAGCCUUGCAAACUGUCAGUUGCUGCAGGAAUCCAGCUCGAAACCGUUUCUUUCAGUUUUCACUGUCCUUUACAGAAAGAAAUCGAAAAUUUUUCUUUUUUUUAAUCACAUCUCCAAUGAGCGGUACAAUCAACCACACAGCUAUCUUCUUCCAAACGUACAGUCGAACAAUUUGGAACAUUUGCUUAUUCUUGCCACACGAUCCUACGAUGCAAUGCGAGCAACAUUGCACAUUGGCAUCACAAAAGAUCCUCCUAUAGUGACUAACGAUGAGUAAAUUACUUUGGGGUCAUUAUACCACUGUAAAGGGUGAGACUAUCACUUUUAUUUAUUUAAAAACAACAUACAUAAUUAUCUUAAAAGGGUAAACUGGAUUGCUGCUUUAAUUAUUGAGCUUUCUGAAGCAGGCUAAUUCUAGUGCAGGAGGAUAAAUCAAAGCUAGCUGCUUUCUAGUUCCAGUUUCUCAGCUCAGCUGGAGCUUCAUGUUCUUCGUUUCUUCACUCAUUAGUUAGUGAUAAAACAUGUGGAGCCCUUAGGUUUAGCUGCUAGUGCGAUGCAGUCCCGCCACAGCAAAAUGUCAGGGAAGUUUGUAGAGAAUUUAAUUAAAUUUGGUUCACAUCUUCCCUCAUUUAAACUACACGGUGAAAGGUGUCACAGUUUCAGCAAGCAAACUAAAAGGUAAAAAUAGGAAUUUCAUUUAACCGCACUUUGACGUCUUAUUAGUUUAUAAAAGUUACUGUUACUUUUAAAAAGAAUGGGUUUUGUUUCAUGUUUCAGUGAUGUUUGAUUUGUUUUGGAUAAUUACCUUAAAAUAUAUAAGAUCAGAGAGAUUUAGUUGACUGGCUGCAGCAGACUUAAACCAGUUACUUAUUCUAGAAGGAAAACAGGAAAUGAGUCAGAAUCAACAAACUAAAAAUGAAUCAUUUAGACACUAAAUCUUUAAAUAAACACACAUCUGAAGUUCUUCUAUAAGUUACGAAUAUUUCCUCUGUUUUUAACAUGGUUCCUAUGAGAAUUAUUGCAGGAUCCAUUAUUUUUCUGAAAGAAAGUAAAGAUAAUUUCCCAAAUUCAACAAAAGUCAUUUAAAUGAGAUUUCAGAUCAUUCUUAGUCUCCCAUGUUCAUUUUUGCAGCAUAUGUUUGAUUUUUAGUGCAGUUGUUUUGCUGCAUUAUUAAAAUGGCAAAUGUAAAAAUAUGUGUUUAGAGAAUCCCAAGCAUCGAUGAUCUUUUUUUCUUUAUACUCUUAUUUCCUCUUAUUUUUUUUACAACUGAAGCUCAUUUCUUCUGUUCGGUGUUGUGAGGCAUUGAGAUUCUCUUUGACCUGUUAGGUGAUAGUUUUAAUCUUUUUUUAUUUCAAAGCUGUAAAAAACAUUUUAUGAGAAUGUUUAUUCUGUGUUUUGUUUUCUGAAAAUGUGAUUAUUAUUAUUAUUUUUGGUUUAGUUUUGUUCUGAGCUUAGUUCAUCGCCGCUGAUGUGAAUUUUCUCUUGCAUGUAAUACAAGCAAAAUGAAAAGCA